UCGCACUAGUGACUAGUCAGUCAGUUUGUUGGUGGGCGCGUGAUCGGUAAAUCGAAGUAGCGGACCGUGAAGGUGCAGAGGAUUUUCCACAUAGCACUGUUGUUGUCGCUGGUCGUUGUUGUUGUUGCUGCUGCUGUGUUAUCGUGUAAAUUUGCGCAGUUCAGAUUGAAAAGAAGAGAGAGCAGAAAACCGUUGUAUUUGUAACUCUCCCUUCCCUACCAGCAUCCCGGCAUUGUUGUUGUUUUAGUGAUUUUCGCCUCGCGUGUAACUAAAAAAUAAGAAGUAAUACAAUCAAUUGCACUAAUUUCUUCAAUCAACGGACAAGGCGAGCAUAACGAGUGAAACUAGCGAAAAUUGUUUGGCAGGCAGCAAAAUUCACUUAAACUCUUAAAAACGGCGCCGACAACUACAAUGCCUUAUCAGCCAGCCAACAGCGGCGGGACGUCUGGCGGGAGCAAGGCGGCAACCAAAAUGGCCCAGCUGAAGUUCUGGAACAAGCAGAACAGCAGCAAGCAGCAGCAGCAGGACAAAGACAAGGACAAGGACGCCGCGGACGGGGGCAACAACAUCAGUGGCGGUACCGGCAACAGCAGCAACGGCGAUGCCAAAAGCGAGGGGAAGAGCGGCAAGCGCAACUGGCUGCACACGCCGGAGCAGCUCAUCAGCGGACACGCGGUCUAUCUAGUCAAGUUCUUUGGUAACCUGAGCGUGGACCAGCCCAAGGGCAUUGAGGUGGUGAAGGAGGCCAUUCGGAAGCUGCAGUUCGCCCAACAGAUGAAGAAGGCGGAAACAGGCACCCAGGAGAAGUUCAAGAAGCUGGAGAUCACCAUUAGUAUCAAGGGCGUGGCCAUUCAGGAGCCACGCACCCACAAGAUCUUGCACCAGUUUCCGCUGUACAACAUCUCUUAUUGUGCGGACGAGAAGGGUGUGAAGAAGUUCUUUAGUUUCAUUGCCAAGUCGACAAAGACGCGGGACGGUUGCGAUCCGCAGACAAAUGGCCAUGCAAACGGAAAUGGCGAUGGUAGUGCCAAAGUGGAGGAGAGCCACGAGUGCUUUGUAUUUAUUUCAAACAAAUUGGCCUCGGAUAUUACGCUAACCAUUGGUCAAGCCUUCGAUUUGGCCUACAGGAAAUACAUGGACAGCACUGAAAAGACCAAUCUGAGCAAGGCGCAGCAGCAAAUCAAUCAUUUGCAGCAAACUGUUAACGCUUAUAAGGAGCGACUGCGCGAAAUUUCCGCCAAAUUGCCAAAGGCCGAGCUGGAUGCCCUGCUCUUUAAUUUGGGCAUUAAAGAUGUUUUGGAAGCGCCUGUCACAGAGUUGCAGAACGGAAUUGAGGUGGCUAGCGAAGCCUUGAGCAACGGAAAGCUGGACGAAGACAAGCUGCUGAUUGACACCAACUCCACCACGGCAUCGACCCACUCGGUGUCGCCUAGCUCCUUCUUGCCCAUUGUCCCGCCGCGGAACAAUCUGUCUAGCCAGAUCAGCAUCGGCGGCAAGAGCAACAGCAACAGCCAGAAAAUGGACGAGCUGUUGCUCAACUCCGAUUCGGACAGCGAUUUCGAUCCGCGAGCGGAUGAAAUUCAGGACAACGUGAGCAAUGGCCGGAAUGCGAUCAGCAACGAUCUGUUUGGCUUUGAGCCGGCCAAGAGUUUUGGCCAGCAGCUGUUUGUUAACAACAACGAUCACAGGCUGCAGAAUAACAACACGAACAGCAGCUUACUGAUCACUAGCAAUAAUAGUAGCAUCAACAGCAGUGGCUUUUCCAGCGAGCUGAAUAUUACGCCGCCAUUGUUGGCGCCGCCGCCAAAGAUUGCUGCUCCCAGGCGCCUAAUCUCGGUGACUACGGGCAAUGGCCUUAAUGGCAAUACAGACCUUUUCGGUUCAGAUCCCUUUGAAAUGAACAAUGGACCGACCAUUUUCAAGCAAAAUCAGCUGAACCUUGAUGACUUCUCGCUGGAGAGUUUGGAUCCCCUGCGCAAGUAAAGCGGUGCUACCAAGGCCAUUAUCACUCUUUAACUUGAUUUAAACUUUUGGACAUCCUUUUGGGUUGUCACAUCGUUUAUUCUUCUACGUUUCUCCGUUUCGCAUGCAUUCCAAUCCAAUUGCAAUUUGAUUUAUUUAAUGUGUAUUAUUGUUUAUAUAUUGUAUUGUAUUUAUUAUCAUUGAUUUUUGUCGAUUUUAUAUUGCAUAUUAUGAUUUCUACUAUUAUUAUUAUAAUUAUAAAUACGAUUAUUAUCUGAAAUCGAGAUCAAAAUAACACAACAACAAGCAAUCGCAAUGCACUUUGUUUAAUCGUAUCAAUUUGUUGCUGUAGUUAAAUAGAUUAAUUGAUUGUCGAGAAAAGCGAAAGAAAAAAUGUUGACAAGUGAUAAUGUGAAAAAAUGCUAAACUGAAUGUGAGAAAUUUGUAUAAAAUAAUUAUAAAGAUGUAACCGCAGGCAAAUAAAUCGUUUAUUGUAUAGAGCCGAAAUACGAGGAGAAUCAAAGCAAAAUGAACAAUAUUUAAUGUUAUCGAUGCAAUAUAGAGAAAUAUUAUUAUUAUUAUUGUGUAUGUAAAGAAUAAAAUGUAGUGCUUAAAAGAAAACUCAAA